GUCUAUUAAUGCAGAGCCCGGCCGGGGGGCUCUCGGAUAUAUCGAGCCAAAUCCAACAUUCUGCUGUUGUAGCUAUAGCUACCAGCUGUCGGCAGGAGAAGAUCGACGGCAACACCAACAUCCCAUUCCCAGGAUCAAGCCAUGAUGAGCAGUGCUUCCCCGCUACUACUCGUCGUCCCCCUCCUCGUCUUGUCCAUCAGUUCCUCCAUUGCCCAUGGCGCCGGAGCCGGAGGGGAUCAGGAACGCCGCCAGCGCUUCACGGUCGUGCAGACCAGCCACUUCCAGCCCCAAUCCAUCUGCUCUGGCCUCAAGGCGAUCCCAUCCGGGAAGAACCGCACGUGGGUGCCGCUGCACCGUCCCUACAGCCCCUGCUCGCCAUCGUCGUCGCCGUCGCCGCCGCCGCCGUCCCUGCUGGAGAUCCUCCGGUGGGACCAGGUCCGCACGGCGUCCGUCCGAAGGAAGGCCAUGUCCGGCCACGCCGGCUCGCACGACGACGUGGCGGAGUACUACCCAGCCACGCCGCACGUGUCGGUGUCGCAGAGGGACUUCGCGCUCGUGUCGACCUUCGGCAUCGGCUCCGGCGCCGCCGGCUCGCUCGACGACGACGACGACGGCGACCCCAUGGUGCUGGCCCAGACGAUGGCCAUCGACACCACCAUCGACAUCCCCUGGAUCCAAUGCCGCCCCUGCCCUCCCCCACAGUGCUACCCUCAGCGCAACGCCCUCUUCGACCCCACCAAGUCCUUCUCCGCCGCCGCCGUCCCCUGCGGCUCCCGCGCCUGCCGCGCUCUCGGCAACUACGGCAACGGCUGCUCCAAUAACUCAAGGAGGAACAAGAAGAAGAACAAAUCCAAGUCCAACAACUCCACCGGCGACUGCAACUACCGCGUGGCGUACAGCGACGGGAGGGUGAGUUCCGGCACGUACAUGACGGACAUCCUGACCAUCAGCCCAGGCACCAGCUUCCUCAACUUCCGCUUCGGCUGCAGCCACGGCGUGCGCGGCAGCUUCAGCGGCGAGACGUCCGGCACCAUGUCCCUCGGCGGCGGGCGCCAGUCGCUGCUCUCCCAGACGGCCCGCGCCUACGGGAACGCCUUCUCCUACUGCGUCCCCAAGCCCAGCGCCUCCGGCUUCCUCUCCCUCGGCGGCGCCAUCAACGACGGCGACUCCGACUCCGACUCUCCAAGCAGCUUCGUGACCACGCCGUUGAUGAGGAACGCGAGGAUCGUGAACCCGACCUACUACGUGGUGCGGCUGCAAGGGAUCGACGUGGCCGGGCGGCGCCUCAACGUGCCGCCCGUGGUGUUCUCCGGCGGCACGCUCAUGGACUCCAGCGCCGUCGUCACGCAGCUUCCCCCCACGGCGUACCGCGCGCUCCGGCUCGCGUUCAGGAACGCCAUGAGAGGGUACAGGAUGAACACCCGCAAUGGCUCCACCAGUAGUACGCCAGCGGGGGGGGAGAUGAUCCUCGACACCUGCUACGACUUCGAGGGGCUCGACAACGUCACCGUGCCGACGGUCUCCCUCGUCUUCUUCGGCGGCGCCGUCGUGGAUCUCGACCCGACCACGGCGGUCAUGAUGGAAGGCUGCCUCGCCUUCGUACCCACGCCGGCGGAUUUCGAUCUCGGGUUCAUCGGCAACGUGCAGCAGCAGACGCACGAGGUGCUCUACGACGUCGGCGCAAGGAACGUCGGCUUCCGCCGUGGCGCCUGCUAAACCAAUUAAAUCACAGUUAAUUGAAUUGUGCGGUCAUCUCGGAAGCUAUAGUUGAUGAUUCGUUAGAGCGCGCUUUUUCGUCUCAUGGGUCUUAAGCAAUGUAUGCUUGCUCUUCCGUUGCAGGCAUGGCGAGAAAAUCUAGACAUCGCUAGCUGCUUGCACGCUUGUCACUAAACUCCUUAAAUUGUGCAUUUGUUGGGGUCUUAGACUUGAUACCACUGAAUCAGUCCAUCCAAAAGCUCGCGCUGAUGAGAAAAGAAUGGCAAUUCACUCGUACUUUAAUAAAUACCAUAUUUAGUUGA